CACACACACACACACAUGCCACAACAGCAACGCAUUAAACUGAUCAAGUAUUUCGUCCCAGGGAGGACUUGUGGCAUAUCAGUCGCUCUCUACAGAAAGCUCGGUGGCGGCGUCGACACUGCUUCGAACCGCCAAGGAGUUCGAGUCGACUAAUCACCCAGACGCUUAAGCCUCUUUUUGGUAGUGCUCGGGCCGUCUUUCUACACUCCUUGGUGGUGAUGGACACGGCGAGGGACGUAGGGGACGGUGGUGACUUCGAGGCGGCGGUGAUGAGCGGCCUGUUGAUGUCAGUGAUCCGGACCCUGUCAGCUAGCGAGAGUAAUGAACAGCGGGACCGAGAGAAGGCCAGGCUGGAGAGAGAGUACCGCAAGAGUGACCAGCGACUCGACCAGCUCAUCACCAGCCAGGACCAGUCCCUCAAGGAUGUCAUGCAAAUCUUUGGUGAUGUGUCGGGGCGGCUAACGGAGUCCCGCAAGCGCAUACGCACCAUCAAGGAGAACCUAGCAGCCUGCAAGCGCCUCCUCCACUGCAAGCGUGAUGAACUGAAGGAGCGUUGGCUGGAGGGAGUGGAGCACAAACAUGUUAUGCUCCUGCUGGAACAGAUAGAUGAGGUCCGGGACGUGGGUGAACGUGUAGGCGCCUAUGUGAGCCGGAAACACUACCUGCACGCUACACAGCUACUCGUCACAUCUCUCACCCGUCUCCGGACUGACCUCAAGAAAGUGGAUGCUCUCAAGGAUGUCAAUACCGAUCUACAUUCCAGGAAAGAGAAACUCCAUGAGGCACUAAUUGAGGAGGUUCACGAGCACCUGUACUGGCGAUGGACGCGGGAGGUGCUGUCUCUACGGCGGCAGGGCUCGGGGCGGGACUCCUCCACCACCCUGGUCCGUGCCGGCUCCGACCGUGUCAGUGCCACCACUAAGGCAGACAAGGCUCGGAAAAACCUCCUGGAAAUGAUGACUUCUCCAGGCAAGACCAGAGGGCUGGGCGAGGGGGAAGCACUGCAGGAGGAUGUAAGUGGCAGUGGCAACCCCGAAGACGACUCCCAGCACUUUAUGGCCAUCGUGGUGGAGUGCCUCGCCCUGCUGGGGAAGCUGCCGGAUGCUGUGGAGACCAUCAAGCGCAGAGUGCAAAAAGAGCUUGGCCUCAUCAUCCAAAGAACCACCCAGCAAGUGGUGGAGCACCACCCUCCCGCUCCCCCCGAGGACGACCCCGUCCCUUCCUCGGCCCCGGCAAUGCUGCGCGCUGAUGCCCGGGAGGCCAGGCUGUUACAGGAGCUACUGCAGGUGGUGUUUGAGCAGUUGCGGCUGGUGGCUGCAGCACACAGGUCUGUACUGGCCAGCCUCCGGUGCUCAGCAGACAAGCAUGGCAUUGAGGUGCAGCUGUACACCAUGCCAGAUGUAUGGUCCAAAGUUCAGGCAGCUUUGCAAGUGAUGGUGAGUGAAUACUUGGACCUGAGUCAGCUUGGAACAGGGCAGCAGCAGGCCCCAGCAGCCUUUACUGAGGCUGCUUCUGACCUCUCCUCGUUCUUUACCAAGAAGCGCACCCCAAGGUCCAAGCCCUAUGCACUGUUCAAGUUUGAGGCAUCCUAUCAUGCCAUGACCAUGAACUCUUACCUUAUGGAGCAGCUGGAGCAAGCUGGUGGAAGUGACCCCCUCGAUGUGUCCGUCACAGAUGGCAAUGCCCCCAGUACAGAAAGUGGAAGCAGCAAGGUGGGGAAGCGUGUCCUGGUGUGCUCCCCAUCUCCUCACAACAUCACGGCCAUCUUCAAUCCUCUGCAGCAGUUCGUCAGGGAAAUAGAGGAGGCCAUUGGCUGCUCUCCUGGGACACAUUGCACACUCUACGUCUUCAUCACAGACUACAUCAAGGAUGCCUUCUUGGCCCAGUUACACAUGGAGACAGCAGGUCGCCUUGAGCAGGCAACUAAGGCCUUGGACCAGUGGAAGACUGUCAAGGACCCUGCCACCUUGCGCUCUCUCAAAGUUUCUCGGCCUCUUCUGCAAAGCAGUCUGAGUGUAUGGCAGACCAUAGAGGAGCUGCGGUGGCUGCUUGGAGCGCUGCCUCUCUUCGCUGACCACUUUGUGUCCAUGAUGUGCAACACACUCAUGAACUACAGGGAGACUUGCCAGGCAGCCUACCGGGGCAUCACCCAGCCUGACUCAGAGGACAAGAGAAUCAUCUCGGCCACCUGGGCCAAGGACGAGGACAUCAGCCGAUUCCUCAGAGAUCUGCCCAACUGGCGAGCUCUAGAAGCUGGUGUUACCUCAGAUUCCUGCCUUGAGGGUGAUGAGAAUCCAGAAGAGGUUGGUGAACGCAAUCGGAAGGAAGCAGAGAUCUUAACUGGUAACCUUGGGGACCAGCUAAUCCCUCAACAUGAAAUUCUAGCCGACUCAGCCCAACUGCGCACCCUGGCCCACCUGCAGGAGAGCUUAGAGUGGUUUGGUGGUUGCAUAGUCAAGUUUGCGUCUUCCCUGCCGGUGAAAUCUACCUCUACCGGUAUCUUGGUGUCUGGCGAGGUGCCUCCUGUGUCCGAUGCCUCUGUACAAACCCUCACCUCUCUUGCCAAGGACUUUGAGGAGCUGGCACACACUUGUCUUCUCGUGCUGCAUCUUGAGGUGCGACUUCAUUGCUUCUUCUACCUACUUCCUGUGGCUCGAGGUGGAGUGUUUGCCUCAGGACUAGACUCUCAGGAACCAGACUCUGAAGUGCUCAAGCUGAUCAAGGACCUGGCCACCAUUGACGAUGCCCUCACCAGCACACUCCACCCCCGCAAGUGCAAGUACAUUUUUGAAGGCCUUGGUCCACUCAUUGCCAACAUCCUGAUGAGCUCUGUGGUACACAUCCGCCGCAUCAAUGAGAACGGCAUCAAGAAAAUGUGUCGCAACAUCUUCAGUGUGCAGCAGCAACUGACGAACAUCACCAUGACCCGAGAGCUGGCCCUGGAUCAGGCACGCCAGUAUUACGAGAUGCUGUAUCACACCCCAGAUGAGAUUCUCAACGGACUGAUGAAUCGGGGAAAACAAUUCUCUGAGCUGGAAUACAUCAAUGCCCUUCAGUUGCUGCAUCGCUCCUCACCAGGUGCUUCCCAGGAGAACCUCCAGGGCAGUCUUCAGAGGCUGUCCGAGAUCCUUGGAGACAUUGGGGUGACAGUGUAACACUUCUGAGGAAUGUAAAUAUUUGUAAUAAAUGCAUUCAGUACUCUUGUGCAAGUCAGAGGGAGCAGGAUGGUGCUGGAGACUUGUCAUGAGGGUGAUUCCUGGUGCUCCUAAGAAUGACUGGGGACUGCAGAACAGGGCUGGUUAUUUAUUGUUGAUGCUGGUCAGGCCAAAGGCUAGACUGUUGUUAUAACUGUUACUGUUUUAUCAUUUGUAUUAUUGACUCAUUGAUAUUUUUAUUGAAGAUGAUCUGUGAUAUUUGAGUCCCUAUGAUCUGUCACAAAGGGGUAAGUAUCAAGAGAUGGAAAGUGUAAUAGGCUUGUGUUAUGAGGACCAAAAUAAGGGUGUAAAGGAUGAGAAGGAUGACUUUGUAUAAGUAGCUAGACUCAAGAAUGGAAGGACUCAAGAUUGAAUGAGCUGGUUGAGAUUUCUGUGUACAUAUUACAUUUGUUUCAUGUAUGGACUGACUGCCCACUCACAGUAUAUCUACAGAGCCAACACAAGGGGCUUAUAUUAUUUUGUUAAACUAACUGCUUCAUAAUGGGACAACCCUGUGGCACACUACUUAAUAGGCAGCCUAGUAUAAUGCAUAUGUAUCUAGGUUGAAGGUUGGGCAUAAGAUAUGGUACCCUUCAAUCUCUAUUCCUGCAGUUGUGUCAACUUAAACAGAAUUUUCCAUGGCUGUUCAGGGUUUGUAUGCUAAGAUGGAGGUGCUCAUGUGGAAUGUGAUUUAGCAGUAGCUAAGCUUUGUGUGUGUGAAGCAAGAAAAUGCUUGAAACAUGAAAUUGAAUCAUAUAAAUGAUGGGUUGGGCACCACAUAAUUUCUCAGCAUUGAAAGCUAGUAAUGAUAUGUCAUUUUAGUCUUCCUCAUUGUAACAAUACCAACACAUGUGUUUGAUUUCUUCGGGUAGUAAGCAACCUGUCUAUUUAUUGACAUGAAAUUAUUAUUAUUUU